UUUUGCGCAAAAAAAAAUCGCACUCUCAUCACCACAGAAUUGCAACGAUUCGCCCAUUUUGAUUUUAGCUCUGUGAGUGUCUGCACGCGUUUUUAUAUUAUUUUAUCUAAGUUCAAUAUUUGUUUGUCUACGUCGAUUUUUAAAAUUUUGUCAACAAUUUUAUGAUAUAAUGCCACCACGUAAGGGAAAGAAAGCGGCUCCUAAAAAAGCAGCAACCAAAAGAGGUGCGACCAAAAAAGAAACUUCACCAGAGCGAGAUGAAAAUGUUGCAAUCGAUGAAGAAGAACACGAGGUAUCUAUUCAAUCUAACGGUGAAUAUACCGAAGAGGAAUCUAAUGCGAACCGUGGAAAGAAAAUGCCUGCAAAAAAAGCAGCAAUGAAAAAAGAAACCAGAAAAAAAGAACCUUCACCAGACCCAGAUGAAAGUGUCAUUGAAGAAGAUCACGAGGAAUCCAUUCGAUCUAACGGUGAAUAUUCCGACGAGGAACCUAGUGUGAACCAUGGAAAAAAGUCUGGAAAACAUUUGAAUUUCUCUGAAAAUGAAACAGACGAAAAGACUGAAGAGAGUGAAUCGGAAGAACAGAACCAAUUAAAUGCAACACAUAUAGAUGAGACGUCACAAGAGGAUGAUGAAACGCAAUCAGAAUCUGAUGAACCAAUGAAAAAAGGUCCAAACAAAAUGGUGUCAGAAAAUCCAAAUAUGCCGUCUUUAUUGUCCGAAGAUGACGAUGACGAUGACGAGCAGUAUGAUUCAAAGCAUCAGAAUGCCAAAGCAUCAAUAUUUGACACUCCAGAUGAACGCCAUGAUGAUGAAUCGACCGAUGAAGAAAGUGAUGAUGAAAAACAUGUGGUGCCUAAGGUAGCUGUAAAAUCCGGCAAGCCAAAUGCGAAAGCCAAAGCUACAAAAACAGCGGCAAAACCAGCAUCAAGGACCAAAAAAGCUGUCAAAAUAGCGGAAACAAAUCAGUCAGAUGAUGAAAAAGAUGAAAAACCAGUUCAAAAAAUGCCAGCUCGCGCCAAUAGAAAGAGAGCCAAUCAAGAUGAAGAUGUGGAUGAAGUAAAGAAGACAAAGGCCGUAAGAGGCGCCAAGGCGAAGCAAGAAGCCAACGUCAAGUCUCAAAGUGAAUCGGAACAAGAUGAACCACCAAAGAAGAUUGACAAUACUCGCAUAACUCGCAAAAAAAUGGCAGCUGAGAUCGAUGAUACGGAGACGGUGAAACGAACAACAAAGAGCGGUAGCACGGUCAAGCCUGCAGCUAAGAAAACAGCAACAGUGGCAAAGAAAACGGCCAAAGAAGUGACUGAGCCAGCGACGAAACCGACAGAAACAAUUUCAGAUUCGGAUGACGUGCAGAAUCAGUCCAUACAUUUGAAUAUGAAAAAAUCAUCUACCAUUCCUCAGUUCAUUACUGGUGCCGUUGAAUUAUUAGGAAAUACAGCUGGAAAGUCGUCUUAUAAACAUUUGCGAGCCUUUUUGGAGAAAGAAAACUUGUUUGAUGUGGAACGACAUGAAUCAAAAAUAAGAAAUCAAUUGAAAGAAAUGUUCGCAGAUGGACAAAUUGUUCCAGCCAAUAAAAUAAAAGGCAAACCAAAUGUAGCCGUAUUAUUUAAACUUGGAUCGUUGAAAAAGACAAACAUGUCAUCUCAAAAAAGAAAAAGUAUUAAGAUGGCAGCCAAAAAGAAAGCUCAGAAUGCAUCAAAGUCAAAAAAGGCAACAGCAGACGAUAAAGUGGCUCCAAAGAAGACAAAAACUACCAAAAAGGCCGAACCUGUUGAGGAAUUGGAGGAGUACGAUGAUGAUGAUGAUGUACCACCGAAAAACCGUUAAAACACAAGUAUUUUUAUUUAUGUCUCAAGCAUGUUUUAAAAUUUAAAUCUCAACUUUUAUAUUAGAGAAACGAUAAUAAAAAAAUUAAAUUAAUUGAAUUAAAUUUUGAUAAGAAAAACAAGAUGUAAAACGUCGUCCUUUUUGAUAAUAUAAAUAAAAUCAUUUCAACUGAGAAACACGUAAA